CCCACGCUCAGGUCGGCCGCCGCCCUGUGCACCUCGCAUCCCUACCCGGCUCCCGGGCCCGCUUUCUCGGUCGCCAUGACGGCGGCUGUGUUCUUCGGCUGCACCUUUAUUGCCUUCGGGCCUGCGCUCGCUCUCUACAUCUUCACUAUCGCCACGGAGCCGUUGCGCGUCAUCUUCCUCAUCGUCGGGGCUUUCUUUUGGUUGCUAUCUCUACUGCUUUCCUCCCUUGUCUGGUUCCUGGCAAGAACCAUUACUGACAACAAAGAUGGACCAAUACAGAAAUAUCUGCUGAUGUUUGGCGUGUUAAUCUCAGUCCUUAUCCAAGAAAUGUUUCGGUUUGCAUAUUAUAAACUUUUAAAAAAAGCCAAUGAGGGUUUGAAAAGCAUAAACCCAGAUGAGACAGCACCUUCUAUGCGAUUGCUGGCCUAUGUUUCUGGCCUGGGCUUCGGAAUCAUGAGUGGAGUGUUUUCUUUUGUAAAUACCUUGUCUGACUCCUUGGGGCCAGGCACAGUAGGCAUUCAUGGAGACUCUCCUCAGUUCUUCCUCAAUUCAGCUUUCAUGACGCUGGUUAUCAUAUUGCUGCACAUGUUCUGGGGCAUUGUGUUUUUUGACGGCUGUGAGAAGAAAAAGUGGUACACCCUCCUUGUAGUGCUUCUGACCCAUCUUCUGGUGUCAGCCUUGACCUUCAUUAGUCCUCAUUAUGGAAUAAACCUGGUGUCAGCGUACAUGAUCAUGGUGCCCAUGGGCGUCUGGGCAUUCUUUGCGGCUGGAGGCAGCUGCCGAAGCCUGAGACUGUGCCUGCUCUGUCAGGACAAGGACUUCCUUCUUUUCAGCCAGCGCUCCAGAUAACCUCCAAGAGCCAGCACCUCUCAAACAGUAAGCUGUGUUGUUAGAGAAAGCACAACUGCCUUUUUCUAAAAAUCUCUUUUCCUGGUGGAAUUUAGAAAAAACAAAACUAUCUAGAUACGAUAUGGGUUUCAUGCACCAGCUCUCUGAAAGGGAUGCAUCAGUAGUGUGCACCCUGGCUGCACAUGAGAACAUAGAGAGUACUGAUUUCUGAGCUCCACCCUUCAGAGUCCACUGGUCUUGGCGUUUGGUAAUUUUUAGAAGCAUCCUAAAUGAUGUGCAGACAGGUUGAGAAUCAUCAAUGUCCAUAGAGGAACUUCCUGAGACCACCAUUAGUGAAUAAGAAUCAGAUGUUCAGCUGUUUCCUAACUCACCUUGUGCAGAACAAGUAAAUAUCUGAAUGUCAGAUCCUGGUGAGCUGUUGUCUUUUUCAGUUCUGAAAGCACGAAAGGCUAAAGGGCUACAUCUCUGUGAACUGCUUUCGUGUACUUCACUAUGCCCUGUUUUAUGAGAACAUGGUAGGCUGUGCUUCUAAAUGCAGUAA